AUGCCACCGUUCGUCCCCCGCAAGCGCGUCUCCUCCGCGGACCUGCCCCCAGCCAAGCGGCGCCAGGCCCAGGCCGAGCCGGCCGCGCCUGUCCCCAUCAUUGAUGAUUCCGACUCCGACUCGUCAUCGCUGAGCGAUGCUCCAGAGGGCGAUAUUGAGACCCCGCAAGGACUUAGCGCAGGUGAAUCUGAUGACGAGGAAGACGAGGAUGUCGACUGGGAGGAUGCUAUCGAUACCAACACUACCAGCGCAACAACGCCUAUCGUCGCUGGACCCCAGCCCGAGCUCCAAGACCUAGAGCUGACCCUAGACAAGAAUGAGCCGCAUGUAUCGGAUCUCUUGGAUGGCAAGAAAGGGCCGAGUAAGAUCGAACGCCAGAUUCGCAUCCAGUCUCAUUGCAUACAUGUCCAGUGCUUGCUCUUCCACAAUGCUAUUCGCAACGCCUGGGUAAAUGACAAGAAAGUCCACGAGAUAUUACGUCAUAAGCUACCAGAGGGAAUCCAUAAAGAAGUCAAGAAAUGGCGGAUUGCAUCGGGGUUGGAGCUCCCCGAACCAAAGCCGCAGCCCAAGGGCAAGAAGAAAGGGAAACAGGCGCGGAAGAAUAAGGAUUGGAGUGAGGAUUCCCAGCGUUUGGAGCCGGGUCAGCCAGAUAUGAGCCGAGGUGAUCCUCUCAUUGGCCUUCUCAAGAUCUUGGUAGCAUAUUGGAGGAAGCAGUUUCGUAUUACUGCGCCUGGUCUGCGGAAAUAUGGUUAUCGCCCUAUUGCCUCGCUUGAGGCAGUUAUCAAUGAUUUUCGAAAUGAGGAGCAUGAUCCCAACCGGCAUGGAGAACGUAUCACUAAUAGGGAGGGGUUUCGAUCAGCCGCUGAGCAUAUGCGGGGCUCCAGAGAUGUGGGUGCUCAGCUUUUCACGGCCCUCAUCAGAGCUUUGAAUAUCGAGGCCAGACUAGUGGCUAGCUUACAGCCACUGGGGUUCGGCUGGACUAAAGCAGAGACAUACACACCAUCCAAGACGGAGGCGAAGCAAGAGGGUUCUGCUUCAGAGAACGAGUCCGAAGAUGAUACAACACCAGAGGAAGAAAAGCCUACAUCGACGAAGGGCAAGCCCCAGUAUGACAAGGAUAUGCCUUUCCCUAUCUACUGGACUGAAGUUGCCUCCCCAAUCACCCAUGAGAUUAUCCCAGUCGACCCUCUCGUUCUGUCAAACCCUGUAGCCACAACACCCGAGCUACAAGCAGCCUUUGAACCGCGCGGUGUCAAAGCUGAUCGCGCCAAGCAGGUCAUAUGCUAUGUAGUCGCCUACUCAGCCGAUAGAACUGCCAAGGAUGUGACGACCCGAUACCUCAAGCGACGGACUUGGCCUGGAAAGACCAAGGGCCUACGCAUACCGGUAGAAAAGAUCCCAUUACCAGGCCGCCGGCGAGGCCAACAUUUCGAGUUUGACUGGUUCAGAGUGACCAUUCGUCCAUACUUAAGACCGCCGAACCUGCGAACAAAGGUCGACGAGCUCGAAGAUACGACCGAUCUCCAACGAAAACAACCAGAAAAGAAAAAGACGACCCAGACCACGGACACUCUACAAAGUCUCCGGCAAUCCACCGAGUUCGUGCUAGAACGAUUUCUCCGCCGCGAGGAAGCGCUUACCCCCGGCGCGGAAUCCGUCCGCAUUUUCACCUCCGGAAAAGGUGAUAAAGCCAAGAAAGAACUUGUAUUCCGCAGGGCGGACGUCGUCAAAUGCAUGUCAGCGGAGAGCUGGCACAAAGAGGGACGACAGAUCCUUCCAGGCGCAGUUCCUCUAAAACGAGUCCCCAUCCGAUCCGUGACACUUCGGCGCAAGCGCGAGGUAGACGAGUUACAGCGCGAGACGGGCGAAAAGCCCAUGCAAGGACUCUACGCCCGCGAUCAAACGGAAUUCAUCAUUCCACCUCCCAUCGUCGACGGUAUCAUCCCGAAGAACGACUACGGCAAUAUCGACUGCUUCGUACCCAGUAUGGUCCCCCAGGGUGCCGCACACGUCCCAUUACCAGGUACAGUGCGCAUCUGCAAGAAGCUCGGCAUCGAUUAUGCAGAAGCAGUCACCGGCUUCGAAUUUGGCUCCAAGAUGGCUGUCCCCGUUAUUCAGGGUGUUGUCAUUGCGGCCGAGAACGAGGAUCUGCUUCGGGAUGCGUGGCGGAUCGAUGCGGAAGAGAAGCGCAAGCGCGAAGAACUUAAGGCUGAGAAGCGGAUCUUACAGACUUGGCGGAAGUUUUUGUUCGGGUUGCGUAUUACAGAGCGUGUGCAGGAGGAGUAUGGUGCCUUUGAUGUUGCGGAGGAUCGCGAGAGGGAUGCAUAUAAUCCUUUUGCGGCGAGGAAGAAGGGUAAGAAGGAGCAGCUUGAUGAGUCUGAGCCAGAGCCAGAGCCCGAGCACCACACCGGGUUUGCGGAAGAUGAUCAUCAUGACUUUGAGAAAUCUUUGCAUAAUGCUCUUGAUCAUGGUGGUGGCUUUUUGUUACCUGGUGAAGCUGAAGCCGAUGCGGAUGAUGGCUUGAUUGUUGAGCAACAUCACGAUACACGACGGCGAACAGCUCCUCCAAACACCGAUGAGGACAUGAAUGGUGGCGGUUUCAUCGUCGAAGGUACAGAUGAGGAAGAUGAUGCUGACUCGGGGUCUGAGUACGCCCCUGAUUGA